AGUUUGGAUACCAGCUUUUGAUAGAGAGGUUUUAUCUAGCACAUUUAUGAGUACAAGAAGCUUUGCAGCAUACAUUUGGAAAACUAGAAGGGACUGUUGCAUACCAAACAUACAUGAUUGUCUUCUGCCUAGGACAAAAACAUAGGUAAAUACCUGAAUAGACCAAGGACUAAGUGAAUAGUGUGUUGACUGACCUGCUCUUUGACAUCUGUAAAUGAGACUUCAGGGAGAAGUGUAGAACACGCUGAAGGGGAGGGACAGUGUGUGGGUGCGAAGUUUAUCCAGGCUACCUUGGCUGUGUAUUUAACUAAAGAACUAACACUGCAAGUGCCAAGUGCUGUAGACAUGGCAUUUUCCACAAGCACUCAUCUCUCUUCACGGGUCUGACUCUCCCUUGCCCUGACCUAUGUGUCAUCGCACGCAAUGUGGAAAAGAAUCUGUUAAAAACUGCCUCUGCACCAAAAUUCAUCUCUUCAGUUGAGAAUGAGAUUGGAUUUUAAAUGCCAUCUUCACUGUGCGUACAUAAAAGCAACCACAAACUACAGGGAUGGAAGCAAACCCUAGAGUGCAGUGGAAAGAGAAAGGACAAGAGAAAAAGCAAACCACUUAUACUUUAAAGUGGAGAUGGGAACGUGCAUGUGUGUUUGUAUAAGACAAGAUGUUUUGGAGUUGAGACCCGGCAGCAGGAGAUGAUUACAGACAACAUGUCUGUGCCUAUAUGAAAUUUUGCUAAGCAGCUGUCUGAUGUGUUGUCUGUGUGACAAUUACCUAUAUCCUUGUGGGGCAGAGGGUGGAGGAGCAGUAUGUGUCUUUAGAUAGAGUUCACUGCAGCCUACUGCCAUUUUCAGUUUUGGUACCAGGGCUGGUCUUGCAGCUUGGAGGAAGACAAUAUUAUUUUUCUUGAUCUAUAUUGAGUUACAUUAGCUCUGGAAAAUAAUUCAAGAGUCGCACAGUCCAGAGUGCGAGGAAGUUGAAAAUGAUGACCAGAAUCAGAAAAGGUGUGUGGAUGGGCUUACUUUACGCUGUACAUCUGAUAAUUAAAUCCUUGAGAAUUUCUAAAUUCAUUAGGAACUAUAAGUCAGAAUGAACUAGUCUGAGAGAGCUGAAGUUCACACCCCAAUUUAAUUUGCAUUCAUUUUCAGGCGUGUGUAAGUUUGCAGGACCCUUUGAAAAUCAAAUUUUGUGAUGCUACAUUUUGCUCCUUACCUGUUGCUCUCUUAAUGGAGUCACUUGUGCAUGGCUUCUCAGCCCUACUUUUUGUAAGAAUUUGAUGGGGUAGAAUAAAAUCGUUUCCCUGCCCCUAAAGAAACAGUAACAGGAAGAGUGCAGUCACCACUACAAAAAGCACAGUGCCUUCCCACAGAGUCAGAGGAAAGGGCACUUUUGAAGGGGAAGUCCAAGUACCAGCCCACCUUAGCGUGCUUUUCGGCUGUAUAGCUUGAGACAUGACUAAAGAAACAAGUGAAGUUGGUCUCCUCAAGACUCAAGCGUACUUGCUGUUUGUGGUGUGUCUGUGGCCGUUGACACAGCAAGCUCUGGCAACACCAUGUCCGGAUGGUGAACUGAGGCUGAUUAGUAAGGAGGAAAAGAAAUGCUGCCCCAAAUGCAGCCCAGGCACUGGAGACGACCGGUGUGCAGACACAGAGGAUCAUGACUGCAAAUGUCGUCUGGGAUACAGCUGUACUGAUAGUGCAUGUCUCUACUGUGUAAAACUGCCUGAAUGUGCAGAGGGAGAGGAGCUGGUUAAGUUUGGCAUUGUAGACUUCACAUUCACGUGUAAACCUUGUGAGAUAGGAACCUAUUCUAAUGUUAAGAAUGGCUGGUGCCGUAACUGGACUGACUGUGAAAGUUCUGGAUUUCUAACAAUCAAGCAAGGCAACAGUACACAUAAUGUUGUAUGUGGUUUCCCUGUUAAAGAUUUGGUGCAAGUUCCAAAUACAAAUGAAUCUAUGUAUACCACCAUCCUGGCCAUUCUUACUGCAGUGGCUGUAUUUGUUCUCAUCCUGCUGACCUUCUUCUUGCACUUCUGUAUAUGGUCACUGAAGAAAGAAAAAUACCACAUAGCUGACAAUCUAGAACAUAACUUCCCUUGGCUGUCACUGGCUCCACAACCACCACACCACAGAGAAGAGACUUACAGCUGCCAGUUCCCAGAGGAAGAACAUGGAGACAAAACACCUGAAGAAAAGCCUUGCUACCUUCACCCUCAGAGUCUACACUGAAAACAGAUGAAUUGCAAAGUAUCCCUGUGUGAAAUUCAUCUGAAAAGAGAGAGAGAGGUUUUUUUCCCGCUGCUUUGAGAAAUAUAUGGAUUCUUACCUGAGGUGAACUGGAGAUUCAGCCAAAGAAAGUGAAGUGGUUUGGAUCGGAUUAAAUAGGAUAACUGGGUUUGAAGUAAAAGGCUGGCUCUGCCUUGUAAGCAGUUACACUGUGGGUUUUAAUAUGCUCAGUAGUCUACAUGCCUGCCUGUCAAGGCUGUUCUUACUGCUUAUUCUAUGUUGGCCAUGUUUAUUCUCUGCACUUUAUGGACCUUUUGUCUUUUUACGAACUGUGUUUUUCAGCAAGAUUUAUUACUGUGGCCUUUUGUAAAGGCAAAAUAAA